AUGCUCCGCCUCCGGUGCUCCAUCCUCACCCACCUCCUCUCUUUCCGGGCCACCUCUCCCGUAUCCCCUUUCCACCGCCUCCUCUCCGCCGCCGCGCCCGCCGUCUCCCCGAACCCUAGCUUCGCCGUGGAGGAGUACCUCGUCGCCACCUGCGGCCUCACCCGACCCCAGGCCCUCAAGGCCUCCGCCAAGCUCUCCCACCUCAAGUCCCCCUCCAAUCACGACGCCGUCCUCGCCUUCCUCGCCGGCCUCGGCCUCUCCGGCGCCGAUGUCGCCGCCCUCGUCGCCAAGGACCCGCUGUUCCUCUGUGCCAAAGUGGAGAAAACCCUAUCCCCCGUCGUCGUUGGGCUCACCGGCCUCGGCCUCUCGCGGUCUCAAAUCGCGCGCCUCGUCUCUCUCCCCGGAGUCACUUUCCGCUGUAAAUCCAUCAUCGCCGGGCUGGAGUACUGCUUGGCCCUCUUCGGCUCCUCUGACAACCUCCUUCGAGCCCUCAAGGGUGGCUCCGUUCUCUGCUCCGACCUCGACCGGGUGGUCAAGCCCAAUGUCGCCUUCCUGCGCGAGUGCGGGCUAGGUGCUUGUGAUAUUGCCAGGCUCUGCAUACCUACGCCAUCGCUGCUCAGCAUCAGCCCGGAACGCAUCCGGACAGCAGUGGCGUGCGUCGAAGGUCUUGGUGUACCCUGUGGAUCUCGGAUGUUCAAGCAUGCGCUACAAGCUGUUGCAUUCCUCAGCGAGGACAAAAUCACCACCAAAGUGGAGCACUUGAAGAAAACUUUCAGGUGGUCGGAUGCCGAGGUGGGCAUUGCUGUUUCUAAGGCUCCAAAGCUGCUGACGAUGUCCAUCGAAUCGCUGCAGCGCAGGUCCGAGUUCCUCAUCUCCGAGGUGGGGUUGGAAAUGACAUACAUUGUUUAUCGUCCAGCAAUGCUCAUGUACAGCUUGGAGGGCAGGCUCAGACCCCGAUACUACGUUGUAAAGUUUCUCAAGGAAAAUGGAUUGCUAAGUCGCAAUCGGGAUUAUUAUUCUGCAGUCAAGAUAACCGAGAAGGAAUUUGUGGAGAAGUUCAUAUGCCCUCACAAGGAAGUUGCACCAUACCUUGCUGAAGACUAUGAUGCCGCUUGCAGAGGGGAAGUGCCGACUAGUGCUUUCUUUCUUUCGGGAGAAGAUAUGCUGAAACUGGAUGUAGAUGAUGUUUUUUUCCUUCUUCCAGGAGACGAGACGAACCAUGGUGGCUAUGGCUUUGCUGUAAUAUGA